AGCAUUCCAAAGAAAGACAGAAGCCCAAGAGAAAGAACGACUACCAUAAUGCUUUGUCGACGGGCGAGUGGAAUGAGCAAGUAGAGACUCUGAACUAGAUCUCAGAGACCUCUUAGGAAUGUAAGGAUGAAUGAGUUGUGAAAUCCGUACUCUCUGUACAUUUAAUUGGUAUUAUAUUAAACACUUCCCAAUGUUUGUCAGUGAGCUCAAAACCUAAUAUUUUUUCCCAUUUGGAAUUACACGGCAACUUAGUAAAUUUUGAAUUGAGCAGAGUAUUGUAAAAAAAAUUGCAUCCCUUUCUAGAAAUUUGUAAUUGAAUUAUAUUAUUAGGGUAAAUUGGAUAGCAUUGGGCGCUUGUGAAUUUUCUGUAAACACUGUAAUAAUUAUACUGUAUUAUGUAAUAUUUUUGUUGAUUAUCUUAAAAACGGAAGCUUUCGGCGUUCAAUCGUUGAAAACUGAGGUUUCAAUCUGGGUAUUUUUAGUUAAACCGCAUAAUCGUCUGUUACUAUGGACAUUAUUAUUUAGUGAAUAGAAUAAUUUUAAUAAGCAUAUAUUACACCUAUAAUAUAACCAUUGGCCAAGCUUGCAAAUAAUUUGUCAAGUUAAAAAGAGUAGCAGUAGGACUAGAAAAUGUACAGUUUUUAAUGACUUAUGGCCGGAGAAAUAUACGCCGGGUUUCAUGUGGGAUUUUUAAAGUCGGGCACUCACUGCAUGCUCCCGACGAGUCGCUAGCCGACGCGAUUCUAUGUAGAACGCAACUCACACAAACAAACUAUAAAACAUGGAAACAUUAUAACUAGCCUCUUACAUCUAACACAAGCCUAAUCAAGGUAUAGCAAACUAAAGGAUUGGCUUUAAAAAUUUAUAAUAUUCAAUAAUUAUAUGCUCUGAUUGUCUGAAUAAAAACGUUAAUAUUUGGUUAUCUUAUUUUUAGAUGAUCUGAAUGACUUCAUCGAUGGCAGAAAAAGCAAGAAUACAGAUCUGUUAACAUGCCGCCUUCAAACAUUCUAUCAAAAAUUUCACGAACUAAAUGUUUGGACUCCUUUGAUCUGGUGACCGAUUUUAAAAGAUGUUUAACAACGUCAGACUUAUUCCUUUUAGGAAUCGGGAAUAUGGUUGGCUCGGGUUUAUAUGUUUUAACAGGGGAGGUAGCCAGGAAAACCGCAGGACCUUCUGUAGUUGUAUCGUAUAUAUUGGCUGGAUUAAUGUCAUUAAUGUCUGCUAUUUGCUAUGCUGAAUUUGGAGCACGGAUUCCAAUAACUGGCUCAGCCUUCAUUUAUACUUACGUCACUAUGGGUGAAAUAUGGGCAUUUCUUAUUGGUUGGAAUCUUAUUUUAGAGUACAUUGUAGCUGCCGCUGCUGCUGCAUCGGCAUGGGGUGGAUGCAUCGAUCAACUGCUGGAUAACCAGAUAAAGAACACUACCAUACAUUUCAUAUUGAAUGGGAAACCUUGGGAAUCUGAUGUAUUAGCAAGAUAUCCAAAUUUUAUUGGUUUCGGCAUAAUAUGUGCUCUGCUGGUGUUGGUAUGCAUGGGUGUCUCGUGUUCUUCCGUCACCAUGAACUUUUCCGUAUGCCUUAAUGUUUUGAUAGUUUCAGUUAUUUUUAUUUUAUCAAUGACUAAGGCGGAUAUUUCAAAUUGGAGUUCUGGAAAUGGUUUCUUCGCGUUUGGUAUCUCAGGUGUUCUUGCAGGAUCUGCGACCUGUUUCUUUGCGUUUGUUGGGUUUGACGUCAUUGCUUUAGCAACAGAGGAAGCUUUAACUCCGGACAGGAGCAUGCCAAUAGCCUCAGUGUCUUCGGUCGUAUUUGUAAUGUGUUUGUACGCUCUAGCUUCUAUAGCUUUAACAUUAAUGGUGCCUUACUAUGAAAUCGUACCCGAAGCAGCAUAUCCAAUUGCCUUAAAAACUAUAGGUUAUAAGUGGGCCGAAAUUUUAGUUGGAAUUGGUACCUUAAUUGGGAUGACUUCAUCCAUCCUUGGUUCCUUAUUUGCUUUACCUCGGUCAGUUUAUGCUAUGGCAAAUGAAGGACUAAUAUUUCCAUGCUUUGCAUUAAUAAGUAAACGUACCAAAAUACCGAUUAUAUCAACAUUUGUUUUUGGAGGUUUAGCUGCGUUACUUGCUCUUUUAUUUGAACUUUCGGCUCUAGUGGAAUUCCUAUCAAUUGGAACAUUGAUGGCAUAUGCUAUAGUAGCAGCAGCAGUAAUAAUUAUACGAUAUCAACCAGCGACAGGAAACACAAUGGACAAGGAAUCUGCACUGAAUUCCUCUGCUCCAGUCAAACGUGACAGGUAUGGAACUCUCAAAGAUCCUUUUAAAGACCUUCCAAUAAUCAAAGGCCUACCUCCCGGAAGAGCUGUAUAUAUAUGCUACUUUGCCUCAGUAGUAUUCCAGUUUCUUUCUAUGGCCAUUGCAAUCAAAAUGUCUGACUUCUUCGGCAAAUGGUGGACACUAAUCUUGGCAACAACACUUGGGUUCUUCGCCAUUUUGACGUUCAUUCCAGUACCUUUGCAUCAUCAAAACCAAGAUAGAACAACAUUUAAGGUGCCAUUUGUACCAUAUUUCCCUGCAUUGAGUGUAUUUUUGAACAUUGUGCUGAUGAUGAACUUAGAGCUAUUAACUUGGAUUCGUUUCUUUAUUUGGAUAACUAUAGGUCUGAUCAUCUAUGUGUUGUAUGGCUAUCAUCACAGUUUGGAAGGAAUUAAAAGAAACGGAUCAAACGACUACCAGAGAAUGUCGAACGAUCCGAAGUCAAUAGCUUACGGGGCAAUUCAGCUGCAAGCCGCUACAACUAAGCUACAUUAAAACGAUAACCAGAGAAUGCCGAUCGAUCCGAAGUCAAUAGUUUACGGAUAAACAGAGCUGCAAGCAGCUACAACUAAGCUACAGUAGAUUAAAAUAAAUUUUUUGGUCAAAUAAUAAAUACUGUAGUUUAUGUGGCACAACUUUACGUACAAUGCUCAUUUGUGGCAAAUAAAGCUAAACUGUAAAGGAGAUGCACGCCAUCGUGUUGGGAUCCAAUAUUUCGACAUUAUCGUCAUCAGGAAUAAUACAGUUUCAUCUCGCAACUCAAUGUUCAUGUAUGCAGUAUGCAAGCUGUGGGAGCAGCGGCUGCCCUCCCCUUUGUACACAGUGUUAAAAUUUAAAGCUUAUUCUUCCUAGACAAUAAAAAUUCCAUUCAGGGAUCACUCAAAAUAAAUACUUCUAAUCUAUGUAAAUAUGCAUCAGCACACGUUAUACACAGGCCUACUAUAAUAACACAUAGGACUAGGCCUAAGCGUGAUUUAAAAUAAUAUUAAAUCCAUAAGUCCCAGGCCAGGUUUUCCAGAUACAGAAAGUGAUAUUGUAUGGUUCAGUUUGGUUUUUGCCCUUUUGUAAGCUCUAUAAAGUUUUGUUUUAAUACUACAAGUAGUAGUAAUAAUAAUAAUAAUUAUGAUGAUGACGAUUGUUAUGAUGAUGAUGGUGAUA